AGGAGGAGAAGGAAGAGGAGGAGUUGGAGGAAAUCUCCAUCCUGGAAACCGCAGAUGAGCAGGGAGGCGAACUUGCCCCAUAUUCACCGGAGGGGGGUGGUCUCCAGGAGGGUUUUUUUGCAAGGCAGAGGAUGCUUGGAUCUUGCAGGAUCCCAAAGCCGAGCCAGAAAUGGCUCUGGAGGGAUCUUGGGGGUCCUACGUGGCAAUUGCCUAGCAUGGGUGAGAAGAGAGGCAAUAGCAGGCUUGGGGAUCCCCAGGAAAGCUGGGGAGGAACAUGGGAACCCCAAAGCAGGGAGAGCGCAGAGGAGUGAUCCCGGAGCCAGGGCAGCCCUGGCAACCUGGAGGGCUGGGGGAGCCUGAAGAUGAGCAGGGUUGGGGCCCCCCAAAGCUGAAAGGGGUGCUGACUUCUGCAGCUGCACUUAGGCAGCAGGACCAACCCCAAUGCCCUCAACCUUUAUUUUCCCCCUCAAAUCAGGAUUCCCCCUUCCCAAACCUUGACCCGAUGUCCCACGACCAACUUGUGCCUAUGUAGUGUCCUUGCAAGCUUCAAUUGGUAAUUGGUUGCCAACAGAGAGAGCUGUCGUGCUGUGCCAUGAGGGGCUAGGGCUUUGGUUGCCACCAAAGGGGAGAUUUUGCCAUUUGUUGUGCUGUAGAGGGCUUAGUUUGUUAGCAAUUUGGGGCUAGCAGUUUAGAGGCAAAUCUUUAUGUAUUGUUGUGUUUGUGUCCUAACCGUGAGAACAGCUGCGUGAGAGUUUGUGGAGACGUGCCAUUGGCACAAAGGGAGAGAGGAGUUUGGAUCCACGUACCCAUCUUUGGGUGACUGAAGCGGCUGGAAAAAAACGAAGAAAAGAUUUUGGAACUCCAGUGGGAAGGAUCAUUCCAGGUGCUCCUCACCACUUUUACUACAAUCAAGAUCAAAGAACAAAAUGCAUAGAUUCAUCACACCUGAGUGAAGAAGGCUCCUGAAGGAAUUUGGAGAGCCACACCAUGUGACAAUGAACUAAAAUUGAAGCUUACUCAGGAAAGUGAAUAGUGUGUGGGUAAAAUGUUAGCAUAGCUCAACAAUUUUUUUGAAGAAUAGAAGGAUUUGUAGUUGUUAUGGAAAACCAAGUAGGCAUAGUUUGGAAAGUUGUGGCUUUUGCAGUCAUCGUUACAGCCAUAGCUGGAGUGAAGGCAAUACCGUGUGCGUAUAAUGUGACUGGUAUGUACAAGUGUCAAGGGAAAGCUUAUGACUUUUACUCUCACAGGGGCAGAUGUUGAAAGUUACAAAUGCAACUGUUUGAGAAGGAGGAAACAUUUGGGGAUGUAAAUACAUGUUUGUUCAGGAUGGAUUCCAUGAAUCUCACCAAGGACCCAUGAAACCCAUCCAAAUCGGUCCUGAAUGUUGUGACAAAUGCUUAACCAAUUGUCCUGAGUUUAGGCUUAAAAUAGAAGGAUGUGCAAUUAAGGAUUUUAAGAUUGAUUAUAAUAUAAUCUGAGUUUGUACUGAUUUUCAGAAGGAUAAGGUUGAAAUGACUCCACCAACACCAACAUUAGGAGACAUCAUGACUACUCAAAUUCAAACUACCUUAGAAGAAGAGACUCAACCUCUAAUUGCCAUAAUUACCAAAACUGAGCCAUAUAUUAUUAAAAAGACAGGAAUUCAAAGGCUGUUGGUUAAUCCAGAAUAGUCUUUGAAGUGAGUAGAAAUAGCAAUGCAGGUAAAUGCCUCCAUCAUUCGACCAGUGUGCCCCAUUUCUUAAGACCUCUUUUAUGGAUUGGACCACCUGGCUACAGAAGCAUAUGCCUCUUCUGUUUAGACAAAAGAGAGAUCUUACCAGAUUAGUAAAGACAGGACUGGGGCUUUUGAACACAAUAGAUACAGAAGUAUUAAUGAACAAAUAACCAGCAAUUAAACGUGGUAUCGUUAGAUUACAACAACCUUUACAAUAUUCCUUAUUGGCAUUAGGUAUUAGCCAGUGGAAGUUAUCCAAAAUAUUACCAGAAUGGGAAAGCAUAGAGGAGUGAGAUCAUAAAUUGAUAAUUAACACAUUAGGCACAGAUAGUGAAAACAUUUCCUUGGCCCUUGGGUGUACACAAGCACCAUUGUGGUGCACAAUCAGUGGCUGCCUCCGUUUAGGGAAGGUGGAGAAAGUACAUUCCCUGCAAAAUUGUUUGAGAUAAUGCUUUUGACAUAGAGAGAGAACUUCAGGCUUGGUGGGUUUUAGUUAAUUUUACCUGUAACCCAGUGUCUUGGGUUGAAAAAUGUAGCCAAAAAUAUGUAUUCUAUUUUCAUCCAUUGAAGUCGGUUGGGAGAUAUUGUUCUUUAUCUAGGAACUCCUUGUAACUCCAGGGGUGGAAAGAGGGCGGAUGCCUUCUGUUAAUGGGACACCUGAUAACACCAGAUGUGGCAGUGCCUUCUUAUCUCCUCCUCCACCCACGCUGCUCUGAGGGAUAUCACCUGUGAAUGGGCCAUUUAAGGCCUCUCACAUUACUGAUACUACCUCAUUCCAUUGCGACAUGCUCCACCCAGUAGGAGGAGCCAAAGCCUUUCCACUGAGAGAAAAACAGCAAUCCCAAACACCAAGAUAGCCUGUUUUCACUGGAUUCCCAGAGGACGACCGGACCCUUUCUUGAGGAUCAUCUCUACUUCAACGGAGCCACAGCUGUCACUCUGGGAGGACUUACUUCGGGCUGCUUCCAACACCCUGACCAACAGGGUGUCAGGUUUUCAUUCUGACUGUCAGUGGUCCUUUGUACUAUUGCAAUUAUCUUAUUUUUAUUUUAUUUUAUCUUUCUUGUUGUUUGUUCUCUCUCUAUUAAAUUGUAUUUUCUGACUUCGAGUCUCAAUGGUUUUGCUUUCAAAUCAGCACAUAUUUUUGGCACCCAAUGUGGGGCAAAAAAAAACUACUGAGAAAAGUCAGAAUUACAAUUUUCUUUUCUUUUUUUUUUUUUUUUAAGGAGACACCUGUUCGCUAUAAUACUCAGCAUUCUUACAUGGAUGUUGUAUUCUAUAUUCCACACAUGGGGCACUAUCUGCUGGUCUUAAUGCUCCUGUUUAGACCAGGGUAUGGUAUCAAAUUUGCUUUAUUAGUGUAUUAUGCCUAUUGCAUGACAACCUCUGAGGCAAUGAACGUCAUUUGGAAUAUAUACUCAAUUUUGUUUGCUUGUCCUAGUCUAGGAUGCUACAUCUGGGGCCUCUACAAUCACAUCCAGAGCCUGUGGGGAGGGGUAAAGAAUGAUUUUUUCCAGCCUUUCAGGCCUGACACAGCAGUUCUUGAAAAUAUUGAGUUCUCUCUGGAUGCCAAGGACAGCAUAGUGUUGUUGUUGGUUCUGCUUUGUCUUCUCUGCACAGCCUGCAACACGCUUAGAAACAAAGCGCUACAUGGUGUGGUGCAGCGUCUUCUUGAGGAAGAGGAAAAAAGAAGCAAAGCAACAGCGUCCAUGUGCACACAAGCUGUCACAAAAGAGAAAAGAACCAAAAGCAAAGCAACGGCAUCAGUGUCUACACAGACUGUCACAGAGGAGGAAGGAACCAAAAGCAAAGCAACAGUGUCCGUGUCUACACAGACUGUCACAGAGGAGGAAGGAACCAAAUGCAAAGCAACAGUGUCCGUGUCUACACAGGAUGUCACAGAGGAGGAAGGAACCAAAGGCGCCAUCAGCAUCUCCACACAAACCGUCACUGAACUGGAACAGCCUAAACCGGUAGCAGUUGCCCCUGUUCAGAAGAAGAAAACAAAGCGCAUAUCAGUCCGCAUAGUGACUGACGAGGAUGUAGCAGGACCUUCGCACCCAGCAGAAGAGACAGAGCCGGAGAUCAUCACUCGCUCUCUAUCCCUGGGUGAGCUGCAUGACUUGCAGAGUGAAUUCACCUGCCAGACAAACAAGUCCAUCCUGACCUGGCUGCUCCACAUCUGGGACGCUGCAGCCAAUGACACCCUUCUGGAUGGAAGUGAGGCCAAGCAACUGGGAUCGCUUUCCCGGGAUGUGGUCAUUGACCAGGGGAUCGGGGGAACCCAAGGAAACUCAGCCUCUGGCGGUGACUGCUGACAAGUGUGAAGGACAGAUACCUUUGUAAAGAAGACCUCCAGGUGCACCAAGGAAAACAGAGCACAAUGGAACAAGGUAUCUGAUGCCUGGGGGAAUUUGCUGUUCUAGAGAUCAUUUUUUCAGAAGACGAGAGAUUUCCUAAAAGCCCAGAUGGUGUCCAGUGCACAUCACAGAUGUGGUUGAGAUUUGCACUGCUUGGACCAAAGAUGUACUCCCAUUACCUGGCAACGCUGCAAUGAAGGGAAGGUGAGGACAGGGUGGGCGUCUUGAUCAAUAAACUAAGAAUUUAUGAGGACACUGUCACUGCCCCUUUUCACACCCAUGUCUUGCCUGUGGAAAUAAGGCUGUCAGCUGAGCAAGUAAGGAGCUUGAUUGAAGAUGUCCAUAAGAAACUGAAAAAAGAACUUAAAGAAGAAAUUUAGCACAUCUCGCCAGAACCAAAAGAGUCUCUGCCAUUAGAAGCAGGCGUCCCCCAGCCAGGGAGAAAGGCUACACUCUACGAGGUAACCUUUGGUCUCUUCUUUGGGAGCAUGGAGAAGACAUGAGUAAAUGGGAUGGAAAACCCACCUUCUCCUUAGCAGCCCGGGUACGUGAACUGAAAAGAGGGACACCUACCACAAGAAGCUUAUCUAGAGUCAACGCUGCUCCGGUCUCUCGUGCACAGAACUCCAGACAGUAUAGGAAUGAUGAUACGACUGAUCCUCUUGAAGGGACCUCAGAAACAUAUUUACAGGAAGAGAGCAACGUGCAGCAUGACCAGGAAUAGAGGGGCCCUGCCUCUAGCCAAGUAGAGGAAAGGGACAAUGGGAUCUAUUGAACUGUGUGGAUCUGAUGGCCUGGCACAUCUGACCCACAAAAAUACAUGGCUUUGGUUGACACUGGCACACAAUGUACCCUGAUGCCAUCAAGGUAUGUAGGAACAGAAUCCAUUUCUAUUUCUGGGGUGACAGAAGGAUCCCAGCAGCUGACUGUAUUGGAGGUUGAAGUGAGUUUAACUGGGAACAAGUGGCAAAAACACCCCAUUGUGACUGGCCCAAAGGCCCCAUGCAUCCUUGGCAUAGACUAUCUCAGAAAUGGAUAUUUUAAAGACCCAAAGGGAUAUCGUUGGGCUUUUGGGAUAGCUGCUGUAGAGAGAGAAGACAUCAGACAACUGAAUACCUUGCCUGGUUUCUCAGAUGACCCCUCAGCUGUGGGACUCUUGAGAGUUGAAGAACAACAGGUACCAAUUGCCACAGCAACUGUACACCGUCGGCAACACCGCACUGAGAGAGACUUGGUGAUUCUUAUCCAUGAGAUGAUUCAUAAACUGGAGAUCCAAGGGGUAGUCAGCAAGGCUAGUUCACCUUUCAACAGCCCUAUAUGGACAGUGUGUAAGCCCAGUGGAGAAUCGAGACUGAUGGUGGAUUACCAUGGUUUGAAUGAGGUCACACCACCAUUGAGCGCUGCUGUGCCAGACAUGCUGGAGCUGCAGUACGGGCUGGAAUCAAAGACAGCAGAGUGGUAUGCAACCAUCAAUAUUGCCAAUGCCUUCUUCUCCAUUCCUUUGACAGCAGAAUGCAGGUCUCAGUUUGCCUUCACCUGGAGGGGCGUACAGUACACCUGGAACUGACUGCUCCAGGGGUGGAAAUACAGUCCCACCAUCUGCCAUGGACUGAACCAGACUGCACUGGAAAAGGGUGAGGCUCCUGACCAUCUACAGUAUAUUGAUGACAUCAUCAUAUGGGGGAACACAGCAGGGGAAGUCUUCGAGAAAGAAGAUUAUCCACAUUCUGCUGAAAGCCGGUUUUGCCAUUAAGCAAAGUAAGGUUAAGCGACUGGCUCAGUUCCUGGGAGUAAAGUGGCAAGAUAGACGUCACCAGAUCCCAACAGAGGUAAUCAACAAGAUCACCGCCAUGUCCCCACCAACCAACAAGAAGGAAACAGAAGCUUUCCUGGGUGCCACAGGCUUCUGAAGAAUGCACAUUCCCGAGUACAGCCAGAUUGUGAGCUCUCUCUAUCUGGUAACCCGCAAGAAGAACUAUUUCCACUGGGGCCCUGAACAGCAGCAAGCCUGUGCCCAAAACAAACAGAAGAUUCCUCAUGCAGUAGCCCUUGGCCCAGUCAGGACAGGACCAGAUGUGAAGAAUGUGCUCUACUCUGCAGCUAGGAACCAUGGUAUGUCCUGGAGCCUUUGGCAGGAAGUGCCUGGUGAGACUUGAGGCCGACCACUGAGAUUCUGGAGUUGAAGUUACAGAGGGUCCAAAACCAACUACACUCCCA